UCAGUCAAUACCCAACUGCAAAACUCGCACUUAGUUUUCUGAAACACAAUAAAAAAGCAACAGAAAAAACAUGGCAUCAGGUCAAGCAAAGAGAUCAGAUUUGGACGCUAGAGCCAAGCAAGGCGAAACCGUCGUCCCUGGCGGCACCGGCGGUAAAAGCUUGGAAGCUCAAGAGCAUCUUGCUGAAGGGAGGAGCAAGGGCGGGCAGACUCGGAAAGACCAGCUGGGCACCGAAGGGUAUCAGGAGAUGGGCAGCAAGGGCGGGCAGACUCGAAAGGAGCAGCUGGGCACGGAAGGGUAUCAGGAGAUGGGCAGCAAGGGCGGGCAGACUCGAAAGGAGCAGCUGGGAAGUGAAGGAUAUCAGGAGAUGGGCAGCAAGGGUGGGCAGACUCGAAAGGAGCAGAUGGGGAGUGAAGGGUACAAGGAAAUGGGACGUAAAGGUGGUUUGAGCACUGGCGACAAGUCCGGUCAAGAGCGUGUUGAGGAAGAAGGGAUUGAAAUUGAUGAGUCCAAGUAUCGAACCAAGACCUGAUAUGUUGUGUAACAGUGGUGGAUGGAGACUAUAAAGAUGGAUAGCUAACAGUAGUUACUGCGGACUAUAUAUAU